CAAAUAAUUCGGGAAAGGGUUUUCCGAUUCCUAAAUCAAAAUUCUAGGGUUUCGAUUGCUGCUCGGAAUCUAACCCGCGAUCGGAAGAUAAACGUAAAUUUGGUGGCCGAUUUUAAAGAAAACAUCGAGGAAUCUCGGAGCAACGAUUCAAUUGUCAAAAUCAAGAAGCGCGAUUCAGGUAUUUAAGGGAUGGGUGCCAAUCAGCAGUAUACACGAGUAGAUACAUUAGAGCUGAAAGCUCUUUUGUAUCAAAAGAUUGGGCAACAAAGAGCAGAGAAAUAUUUUAAUUUGCUCAACAAACUAUUCAGUCUCCAGCUUACCAAGAGCAAUUUUGACAAGUUCUGCAUUCGGACUAUUGGGAGGGAAAAUCUUCCUCUACACAAUCGGUUAAUUUGUUCAAUUGUGAAAAAUGCUUCUCUAGCUAAAGUCCCUCCUCCAACAGUUAAAAAAUUAGCAAGCUCUCUCAAUGUUAAAGUUGCUAGGUGCUCCUCUCAAAGGAACAGUCUUCAGUCACUUUAUGGAGAUUCAUUUCCUUUAUCACCUCGCAAGAGCAGAUCUCCACGGGAUCGCAAAUUUAAGGACCGUCCUAGUCCUCUUGGCCCAAAUGGGAAGUCUGAUUAUGUUGGUGAAGCGGGGUCGAAGGUGCAACAGGAGCUGCAUCAAAGUCCAACGGAACUGAAUUCUCUGGGUAGCAGACCACCUAUUGAAGUUUUAUCUGUGGAAGAUGGGGAAGAAGUGGUUUCUGGAAGUCCAGGCAUUCAGAGCAGGAGCCCAGUUACAGCUCCUCUUGGCAUUUCCUUGAAAAUGAACAAGGCCCGGAAAAAUUUAUAUCAUACUUCUUCAAUAUAUGGUUCGCGGCCUCAGACAUGUCAAAACAGCUAUGAACUACCGGAGAGUAGAUAUUUGAGGGGCCGUUUGAAGCAGAAAUUGGAGAGCGAGCGUCUAAGCAUAUCUGAGGAUUGUGCUAAUUUGUUAAAUGUUGGUUUGGAUGCUUACUUGAAGAGAUUGAUGGAACCUUGUAUAGGGCUUGCUCGGUCAAGGAUCAGUCAAACUGCACCUGGUUUUAGUGGAAGCUUAAAUCGGCAAAGGCCAAGGAUACCAUCAGGCGUGUCUUUGUUGGAUUUUAACGUGUCAGUGGAGUGUGAUCCUCACAGACUUGGAGCGGAUUGGUCAUCACAAUUGGAGAAGUUAAGGUUUAGCAGUCUUGUGGAAUGAAAUUCUUUGUCUCCUGUUUUCCUGUUAUUCUUCUAGAUGUUUCCAUUUUAUGGUUAUGGAAGUAUGGUUCUUGAUACUUGUCUCUGUUUUGUUUAUGGGGACUACUUUCAAGUUUCAAUGGCUGUCUUUAUUAGUCUGUGAUGUAUAGCAUAAGGGGAUAUAUGCCUCCAAGAUUGCAUAUAUUCUCUUGCAUUUAUUCAAGUUCUGGAUUGUCUCUA